AUGAUAUCCACAACUUUCGCAAUCUUCAAUGCGACCAAGAUACUGAUACUUGCUGUUUCCUGUGUCUCUAUUCUGGUCUGCAUUUGGACUUUUUGGUCUUACUGCCGUGGAGGGCACCAAAAGCGGAACAGCAGUAAUAAUCAAGACCUGUGGGGAUGGUCGUGUGUGCAAAACCGUCGCUCGGAGCUGUUCAAAGAAAGUGUCGACUAUGCGCUGCUUUGCAGACUGCAGGACUGGACUGUCAUCUGCAUCAUUAUCGAGAUUGUUGUUGAUGCUCUUACCAUUGGCUUGUAUUCAAUCGUUGUCUACCGCUUAUACUCUCUACGGAGACUUCAAAAAUCGAUGGAUCGGCGAGACAAAGCUAGAAUGGAAUUCUACUCUGUUAAAGCUGCGGAACACUUACCACAACCCAACUAUCUACAGUAUUCUUCACAUCGGCCCAAUCCCGAUAACGACAGAUCUUUAGAUAGUGUACACGGGCAAGGAAGCUCUGUCAACACAUAUCUGCAGCCGGUCCCUAUUCCAGCGGCUUACGCAAACAGGGUUGGCUAG